GGAACAUCUCGAACGCCCAGCUCAUGAACAAAGCUACGACCAUUUCCGGCGUGGCGCGGGUCUACCUGGCCUCCGACACCAACGCGCCCCAUCAGCUUGGAGCUGCGUGUGCUUCCCACGGGAGAGACAGCCUACCUACUUUUAUCGGCCUCAAAGGUAGGACGGGACGCUGGUUAGCUGCACAUUGGCCACAGCACUUUGACUGAAAUGCAAAAGGUCGAUGGGCCAUGGGCCCUGCUGACCAACUGCUGUCUUGCAUAGAUCCCUAAUCCUGCCAAUAAACGUGACUGCACAAAGGCUAUGUAUGGUUAAUACCGAGCCGCCUGGUUCCUCCAUCUUCCAUCAAAUGCGAAAAUACUGGCACCCUGACGUUCCGCUCCGGGUCAAGGGGCCCCGUUUGGUAGUUUUGUGGGGAGGCCCGCCUAGUGCAUCGUGGCGCCGCUUUUACCCACUGGAGGGACCCCUAGCGACCCCUAGCAGCCGCUGGACCACUGAGCAGCAAACCACUACCACGAGAUUCCACAAUCGCAGCCGCAGGCCGAAAGUGCCCUCACCGUUCAACCCGUUUGGAAUGGCCGCAUGGCGGCAUCAGCAGCAUGGAACACCACCUCAUUCCAUAUGCAAUGCCAACUGGCCCGGCCCUCUUCCCUCCUGCCGUCGUUGCAACCCAUUGACGAAAACAACAACAAUAACAACAACGCCACUCGUCCUGCUGCCCGACCUGGCUCCCGAUCCACCCCGCCAAGCCACAAAAGCUUCACAGAACUCGACAGCAAAGAUCCCCGUUUGUUUCGCGGCUUGAUUAGGCGAAACAAGUUGACUUGGCACGCCUGUAAAUGAUUGCGUGAAUGGGGCAUCGAGUAAGCGUCUCUCUGGAGAGUGAAUAUAUGCUCUGUGAUGCAUUCUCUCCACUAUUUCUAUUGCAUCCCAGCGUGGACCCGCAGCGCCCAUGACAAAUGCCACUUACUUACUCCGAAGGAUCAAUCCCGGAGUACCUCACAC